GAAAACUAUAAAUACUUCUCAUUCUCCCCCAUUUCGUGCCCUAGGCCUCCAAUUUCGCUUCCACCAGCCGCACCGGGCUCAUCCCAUCGAAAGGACUACGUUUCGUUCACUAUCCUCUUGAAUCUCCACCCUAAACCACAGUUUCCUUCGCGUUCUGCAGCCGAAAUCUGUAAAAAUGGUUUCUUUUUUGGUCAUUUGACUUGUUUUUGAUGAAUAGGAAGCGGCUUUGGAUCGAAGAUGGUGGAUGUUUUGUGUGAAUUGGUUGUCAUGUGCUGUGUGCUCCGGUAAUGGACGCCGUGGAAUUGCCUCUUCCGGCGCCGGUGGCGGUCCCUAAGCUUAUGGGAUCUGAGAGUUUCGGUAGAGUGGGGGUUUCAGUGAAGGGAGUAGAGGCUCGCGAGAACGACCGCGUUUCGAUUCUCGUUGGUCCUUCGAUCGAGAGAUGCAGUUCUUUGGUUGGUCACAAAGAUGCGACCAUUGCUGUCAACACUUCGGAAUCAGUUUCCUGGGACAAGAUUCCACAUAUUGAAAUAUGUCGGCGUGCUAGUCAGAUGGCCUGUCUUCAGGGUGAAGAUGCGCCUGAACAUCUUGGUUCCGAGGGCACAAAUAGUUCCUCCUUACUAAUCCCUGGGCCUGAAGGCUCCCAACUACCACGAAAAGCAGGAAAAAUUCCGAGAAGUAGUGGUCUUCCUAGUGGAUGCUUCAAGAGACCAAGGACGGCUCAAACAGAGGAUAGUACAAGACUAUCUGGGGCUGAUGAUAUGAAGGGCAUAUCAUCAUAUCCUACAAAAUGCACUUUUCCAGAGAAAAGUCAAGUGGUUAGGCAAAAGAAUAACUUCAAUGGAAAGCGAGGCGAGAAAAGAAAUUUUAAAGUUCCCACAAGAACUAAAUAUGAUUCUUUCUCUCUGAAGGCUGGAUUGACAAGCUUCAGUUCUGCUGGUGGAGGGAAUAGCAUUCUUGGAAUAUAUGGUCUGAAGUCAGAUAUUCAUGAUGUCACAAAGCUUGUAGAUGAAAUAUCGGUGAAUAGACUGCUUGAUGGCACUUACAAGUGCCCUAGUCUAGGCAAAGACAAAGGGAAGAAAGCAGUGAGUACGAAUGAAAAUAUCCUGCAUUCUGUCAGAAAGGCUUGUUCUCUUCUUCAGCUCCGGAGGCCUGUACAAUCCCAACAGUUUUCUGAGACAGAUUGCAGUUCCAACAGGAAAUUGUCCACAUGCUCAUCAAACUCUUUUUCUUGUGUAGCAAGCAAUAUUAAUGGUGAUAAAGGAGAUGCCUACAGGAUGGAUUUGUCUUCAUGCUACAAGGAUUCUUGUAGCAAGCCUGAAACUCCUUUCAAUAUGCUCGAUUUUUCAUUGCAUCAACCUAAAGAUAUUCUGGAGCGCUUGGCGCUUCCUCCGCCCAAAGAUUUGGAGUCAUUGCUCCUGGAUGCGGUCAAGCCUGCAGGAUCUUCAAAAUCUACUCCUGAUCAACGUCUAGGCAAACCAAUAUCUCACCGAGCUAACUUGCCACCUUUUCCCUGGGCACAUACAUUUUCCGGCCAUUGUAAAACUAAUUCUGAUGCAGUUAAAUUAUCUACAAGUAGGAGCACAUGCCAAGGUAGAUGGCAAAGAAUAGGGAGCACUGCUGGUUCUCUUGGGGAUGUCACUGAUUGUUUUAAAGACUUGGAAUCAUUUACUUAUGACCAGAGUCUUGUCCCUUCCCAAGGAUUGAAGUUGGGUGUCUUGGAAAAUGAGGUUGGCACAUCUGCUAGUUUUCCUCUGCAUGAUUGGUGUCCAUCAUCUUCUACAACAUGUUCUAAAGCUUCCCACCUUCCUCCUGAAUCUGCUGGCAGUCUGAAGAAUGAAGGAGAUGGUGGGCAUUCUCCAAGACUAAUAGAAGCUGCCCAGACACUUUUUAGCUUGGCAGCUCAUUCUUUGAGGCAACACCCAAAUGGAAUAAUGAAGUGGCCAAAGAAAUCAUUGCAGAAACCAAUGAAAGCUCGCAAAACCAAAUCAAACGAGAGACCUGAACAUAUAUCAGCAACAAAAUCUGUAGUGGUGUCCGACUAUGCAUCCAAAAAUACAGAGCAGAUAACGCCCUCUAAAAAGCCCAAGCUCUGUGCAACUGAGAAGAAAAAGGAUUUCGGUCACAGUAGCGCCAGAAAAGGACUAAUAAACUGGUCUACUACUCCAAGAUCAAUCAGAUCAUCCCCCAGCAAAUCGGUUAGGGAUCCCACCGGAGAUUCAAAUCAUCAUAAUGCUAGCAUUACAAAACAAUCAUGUAUGCUGCCGCCUCCUACAAGGAUUUUGGACAAGGCUGGAAACAGCCAGCAGAAGCCUAAAAGACCAGGGCCAGUGGAGUGGAGCAGAGCAGGGGACAAGCUGGACUGAUCCUCUAGCUCCUUCGACAUGGAAGCUUCUCUUCUCCUAACAAUUGUUGUGAAUUUAUUAAUCAGGGACUCUGGGGCAAUCACCAAAACCAGUUGAUUUGUAUAUAUUAUGUUGCAUUUAGAAUUGGAUUGAUGUAAGGGGUUCCACCUCAGGAGGGGCGAAUAGGGGUUUAAUGUUGUAACACUAAGUUGAAAGACAGGUUUAGGAAAGUAGGGAAACUUUGCCUUGUGUAGAGCAUUGGAUGAGGCAAUGAAAGUUUCAACGCCCCCCUCUCUUUUCUCUCUUUGACCUCUGCAACACCACCAGCUUUGCCCAUGCUGCAUCACAGGAAACCAUGGAGAAUUCAAGCGCCUUCAUCUUGUUCGAACUACAUGGAGGAAUUAAUAAAAAAAAUCAGUGUUGCUUUUGGAACCAA